AUGGCCACAGUCGUCUUCAGCUGCGUCCGUUUUGCCAGUGGGGAUUCGAUCGCUGUUGGAGGCCACACGAAGAACAAGCGCACGGAGGAGACGAUGGCCCGUGUUCGCAACGAGGCGGACCCGAACGUCCAGGAGCAGAGAGGACUCGAGACGGCAAAGGCCGUUAUUGAGAAAGUCGUGUCGUUCGGGCGGUCUGUACCCAAGAGCAGCUCGGGGGUGGAAAACGGGGUCAAGUCCGCUGGCCAACAAGCAGCGCGGGCCGCUUCAGGCGGGGAGAAAGUGGCCAAGAAGUACCGAAAACGAGACGUAGCGAAGAAAAGCGGGAUCGUGGUUUACUUCCUCGCUCUCUUUGCUCUCGCGACGAUGGGGGUCACCUAUACGAUCAAAUCCGGCAUUCCAUAG